CAUUCGCAUCUGACAGGCAGUAGAGAUUCAGGGUUCAAGCUAACUUUUACGGGUUGUGAAAAUGGAGCCUUUUUCUGCAGCAAACACGCAAUUCUCUCUCAAUUUGUUCAAGAAGAUCAGUGAGCAGGAAAAAGGAAAGAAUGUCUUCUACUCUCCUCUAAGCAUCUCUUCUGCUCUGGCUAUGGUGUCACUCGGUGCCAAAGGAAACACACAAGAUCAGAUGUUAAAGGUGAUGUGCCUUAACAAUCUUGUAAAACCUGACACUGUGACUCCAGCACAUAGACUACCAGCGCAGGCUGAACCUCCAAAGCUACAAGACCCCUUGAAGCCCCAGAAACCUAUCCAGGGUCACUGUGAACCUCCAAAGGUACAAGACCCCUUGAAGCCCCAGAAACCUAUCCAGGGUCACUGUGAACCUCCAAAGGUACAAGACCCCUUGAAGCCACAGAAACCCGUCCAGGGUCCGUGUGAACCCCCAAAGGUACAAGACCCCUUGAAGCCACAGAAACCUGUCCAGGGUCCGUGUGAACCCCCAAAGGUACAAGACCCCUUGAAGCCACAGAAACCCAAGCAUCAAAUACCUGGUCAGGAUCAGUGUGAAGUUCCGAAGGUACAAGACCCCUUGAAGCCCCAGAAACCUUUCCAGGGUCAGUGUGAACCCCCAAAGGUACAAGACCCCCUGAAGCCACAGAAACCUUUUCAGGGUCAGUGUGAACCUACAAAGGUACAAGACCCCCAGAAGCCCCAGAAACCUGUCCAGGGUCAGGGUGGACCUCCAAAGCUGCAAGAACCCUUGAAGCAUCAGCUUCCUGUCCCCGUCAAGCAGGAGGAUCUUAUUCAUUCCAGCUUCAGCAAGCUCAUAAGUGACUUGAACAAACCAGGAGUCCCAUAUAUGUUGAAUCUUGCCAAUCGUCUCUACGGAGAAAAAUCCUUCCAGUUUAUUGAUAAAUUCAUAAGAGACUCACAGAAAUACUAUCAGGCUGGACUGGAGCCUGUGGACUUUAAAACAAAUGCAGAAGCUGCAAGAGUCAACAUCAACAACUGGGUGGAGAAGAACACACAAGGGAAGAUUAAGAAUUUGCUGGCAGAGAGGACAGUCAGUGCAAUGACGCGUUUGGUCUUGGUGAACGCCAUCUACUUCAAGAGCAACUGGGAGAAAAAGUUCCCAAAGGAAGCUACGGUUGAGAAGCAGUUUAAGCUGAACAAGAACAAAACUAAGCCGGUGAAGAUGAUGAACCAGAAGUCAAAGUUUCCUCUGAGCUUUAUUCAAGAGGUGAACAGUCAGAUCGUGGAGCUGCCGUAUGUCGGGAAGAAUCUGAGUAUGCUGAUCAUCCUUCCAAAUGAGAUUGAAGACGACUCCACUGGCCUUCAGAAGCUGGAGAAAACACUGACCUAUGAGAAGCUCAUGGACUGGACCAAACCCGACAACAUGAGUGUGCAAGAAGUUCAGAUAUCUCUUCCCAAAUUCAAGCUUGAGGAAACGUACAGCAUGAACCGUCUGCUGAAGAGUCUAGGAAUGGUGGAUGCCUUUGAGGCGAAGGCAAACUUCUCAGGCAUUUCCACCAACAGUGAUCUGAUGCUGUCUGAUGUGAUUCAUAAAUCCUUUGUCGAAGUCAAUGAAGAAGGAACAGAAGCAGCGGCGGCUACUGGUGUUGUUAUGGUAGCCACAAGCAUACAACGUCCACAGGUCUUUAAUGCUGAUCAUCCGUUCCUGUUCUUCAUCCGACACAAUCCCACCAACAGCAUUCUGUUUUACGGAUGCUUCUGUACUCCAUGAGCUCUUGCUGGUAUAGCCUUUUGGAAAUUUAGCUGCCGAAGGUUGUGAUUUGGUUUAAAUGUAUCUUACAUUGAUAGUUCUGGACUGGGGUCAUGGGUUUCUCAUAUAUAAUCAAAGCUUUCUAUAUAAAAAAAGAGUUUGUAAGUUCUUUUAUUGUUUUUUUCUAUUCAAUAAAGGGCCAAUAUAACACUC